CUAAAGUACACGUCAAAUUUUGUAAAUAAUUAUUUUGUCAUGUAAUUGUGCUCUUUGAUUUUUGGAAGUGCCAGAAUUCUUCAUUUGUUUACAGCGCAAAAUUUUACUAAAUUUACUAUAAUUAGUGGAGCAAUCAGCGAUUGCAACGCCAUCGUAGCAUGGUGUAUAUAGAUCGAGAUGGUCGUAUCUUGGAGCGGAGACCAUGGAGUGUGGCACGCGUGUUGGAGAUAUUCACAGGCAUCUGGUUUGUGACAGUCACCUUCUUCCGAACGCUUAUGGCUCCCUUCAUGAAUAAUGACAAUCCGAGCAACAAUACGCGUCGAAGCGGAUGGGGCUCAGGAGGUGGAGGUGGACCAGGUGGUGGUGGUGGCCGCGGCGGCGGUAGUGGUGGAGGUGGCGGUUUCAAUCAGGGCCUACGUCCAAAUCGUCGUAUCGGACGUGUUGUGAAUACGUCAAUGGAUUGUAAUAUACCUGGUGGCGGAUGAGCACGGUAACGUGUCCAAGCAAUUUUAGACGUUGUGUAAAGUUUUUCAGAUGAAGAAAUACUUUAUGUACGCUUGGACACAGCAGACUUAAUCAUCACCCAUAAAGCACUGUUUAAACUACUCUAAACCGUUGACAACAACACGCCUACAGUGCGUUAUACGUUGUCGAUUUUUGGCAUUUAUUGCCUCUAUGACGAGCAGCUUUGCAACCCAAAGUUGGGAGAAGUUGUUCUGAUAUUUACAAAUCGACAGCGUAUAAAUAUUAAGGCGUUCUAAUAGCAAAAUAUACACAUAACUGUAAAUAUAAUAGUUAUCCAUAGCUUAAUACAUAGUCAAUAACAUUGCAAUAGACUUGUUCUCGAAUUCAAUUGUAACCGCAGGGAUUUUUGUGAAAAUAAUAAAUUUGACUCGCCUCAAUGGAGUUUGUCCAUAUAACAGUAAA